ACCUUGCAAUUAUUGACUUACGUCUGAUUCUAAUCAAUGUCAGCCAAGUCCCUGUUGGCUUCUGUUUCAGUUAUUACUCAUCUCUCUGCUUUAUCGUAAAUGCUUAAAAAUAACUCCUUUGUUUCAUUAUUUUUCCAGGAAUUGAAGUUAAGCUGAUAGCUCUAUAAUUCUCUGGCACACCUUUUUUUUACCCUUUCUAAUAAAUAAUAGGAAAUGCUUGUGCGAUCUCUCAUAUUUUAAGAUCUCAUCUGUGCUCUGCAAAUAAUGAAAGACAGUUAAUAACAUUGCAUGGUAUUGCAUCAGCCAGCCCUUAACUGCUCUAAAUCAAUCAGGUUUGAAAAUACCUGAGUUUUUCUCUUUCUGUGUGAGGCUGAGGCCUUGUUUUGUUCCUGGUAUCAAUUAUGGUAACCCCCUCCUUGUGACCAGCUUUCUGAUGAAGAUUAAUGUGUUGUUUUGAUGUCUUCGUAUGGCCAUGAGCAUUUUGGAAUCUGUUUUAUUGCACUUACCGCUCAAGUAAUGACUGAUCUGCGAAGCCAUAACCAUUUCAGAGGAAAAAAAUCAGUUAUUUUAUGAUGAGUGGUUUGUGCCCAGUGAGUUGAUACUGUGAUCAGCUGGACAAUUUAGUUUUCAAAAGUGUAAAAGAGCCUUCCUGCCCUAAUAACAAUGGAUAUUUGCUUCUGUAUUUUGUUGGUCAUUGGUGCAUAAAAUGGAGCAGUGGGCCUACCUGUGUUGAAUCUUGUCAGUAAGGAAGUUGUCCUUAUGUUUUUAGGAGAAGCAAAAUUAAGAAAUAAGUGAUAAUUAUUUAUAUACAAGUAGGAAAAGAAUUUUCUGUAUCACCUGUUUCAUUGCUACAGUUCACUAUGUAAGUCAAAGGAACUGAAUGCAUUUUUUUACAUCAAACAUAUAGAUUAUUACAUUAUUUUAAAUAUGGGUUUUCUUUUCUUUUGGAGUGGGAUUUUCCAUAAGUUGAAAUGGCUUGCUCUACUGCCUUGAAAAGUUAAGAAAUAAUUUUUGUGUGGGUGUGCAGCUUAAAACAGUUACUGUUUACAGCAUCUGCAUUUCACUUGAUUGUGUGUUCCCUGAAGAGAGGAUUAAUAAGGUAUUCCUUAGUAUGUGGCAAGUGGCACAUCUGGCCAUUGGCAUUCAGGCUGAGUUCUGGUUCUGUUGACGUCUUGGCUGGUCAUGCAAUGUGGAAGGAGAACAGGACACUCAUGAUCUCUUCUACCUCCCACUCCCACUGCAAACAUAAAUUAAAGAAGUGCAUCUUCAGAAAUAAACUGUGAUACACUUAAUGUCUGUGGAGAGAACAUGUGCUAGCGAAAAGUGUGAGAAUAACCAUACAGGAGCAGAUGAGAGAUCUGUGCAGUCUUGGCUUUGAUGGCAGCAAAAAAGCUAAUGCUGAAGUAAGAGUGUAAGAAGAGAUCUAAGUACAUAAGUACAUAGUACUCCUCUGUGCUGGGUAUUUACCCAGCUUCCAGCCAUUUUUAACUCAUGGACUUCAAUACGCCCACACAGGAUUUCUGUGAGAGAGGUCUCACUGAACUUGUCCAGUCUUACCUGUAGGUCAUCUGAACUCUGCACUCCAUCUAAUUAUAUCUCCUCUGAGAAAACUUUACCUUGUUUUACCUUUGUUUUGAAGUUGAUGGUUGCUAUUUUUUCUAGCACUGCCAUUUUUUACCAAAAGAGUCCAUCCACUCUGUAGACUCUCAUGACUCCGUAGAGCUUUACAGUCAUUGAAUUCAGCCAUCUCCUUAUCAGAGCGACAAAUCCUAGCAGCAGUACAAAAACUGGUUUAUGAAUAAAUAUUCUCACUUCUCUAAAACUCUUCCAACUCUUCUUACAGAAGGGUAAGAGAGCCUCAACAAAACACGAGGAGAGCAUACAUACUACCAGAGUGAGUUGGUAAGAUCACAUGUAAGGUUCAAUUAUUGACCAUUUUUUUCUUACCAGUUUUUAAUAACAACUGUAUAGGGAAUUGCUGCUGUUCUUUCAGUUUUGUGUUUUGCAAGCCUACCUCUUUUCUUAGUGUUGUAUGACAAUGCUGAAUUUGUUACAGGUAUAAAAGAUAUAGAUAUGUUAUAGAUAUUUUAUAGAUAUAAAAAUCACAUCACAAAUGUGAUUAUCUGGUAUUUUUGUGACAUCUAAAACCAGUUUAAUGAGCAAUUAUGUUUUUCCUACUAGUUUUUUACUGAUGAAAACUGACUGUGAAAAUUUGGCACCUGAAAUUACUUCAUGGACUUUUUUCCCUUCAGGGAGUGCAACAGCACAUGAAUAUUCUUUUGGGAAAAGGUACCAGAAGCAGGAAGAAAAAAGCAAAAUGGGAUACCCUUAUAGAAAUAUUGAUCAAACAAAGUGAGAAAAGGGAGUUAAAAAUCAGGAGUAGACAGGAGCAUAGUUGUGUAGGCAUCUUCAAACAAGAAUAAGACUCUGCAGAGAGUUGAUGAUGGGGCAUGAUCAGGGUCCAUGUGUACUACAAUUAGGAAAAUUGGAAAAAAAAUGACAAAAAUUGCUAGAUGUUGAGGUAAACACCUCAAGAGGAUUCACUCCUGGCAAGAAAAACGUACUGUGUUAUUAGUGCAGAAUCAGAAAGAACUGAAAAUAAGAAAAAGAAAAUAAUAUUCAACACACAGAUCUUAAGUUCUUGAGUUCAGAAUAUUUAAAUUCUGUCUAGUACAAGAGAAAAAAAAAUUAUUUUGUUAUAGUGACUUGCUGGUUGUCUUUAUAAUGUUAAAAACUUAAUUUUUCAAAUUGAUAAUAAAUUUUUUGUGUUUUAAGUUGUGGUAGAGAAACUCUAGGAUUACAUCUUGGAAUUCAUCAUAAAUGCGGUUGAAGUGGAAUUUUGCAGUUUAUGAAAAUAUAUAUGUUUCUUUCAUAAAAGCAAGUUUAAGUGACAGAUCUGAUUUGUAUUUAUGAUUUGAAAAGAAUGCAAAGGAUUUUGAUCUUAACUUUGCUUAGUUCUGAAGAUUUGAUGUUAGGUAGCAUCUGUGGUUUGUAAUUGUUCUCUGGUCAAGCACAAAUGACGAUUGAUGUUUUUUCCAGACAGAAGCGUAUCAAGUCCAAGAGUUGAAUCACAUAAAACUGUUACUGGAACUUUUUCAAAACAACAAAUGAUUUUAUUUCUUUCCACCUUUGUUCUGAAAAACUUAAAAAAAUUAAGAGAUACGGGCCUGGGAAGGAGAGAUGAGAGAGGAAAACGUUUCUGUGCCUAUUUAUCAGAACUUCUAACAUCUUUUCCUGUUGUGAGUCCCAUGAGAUUACUGAAGAAAUGGAAACAACUAAAAGUUGAAGAUGUGGUAUUAAGCCAAAAGUGGCACUCAGAUCUCAGGCAACCUGCAGCCUGGAUAGCUGAGUGUUAAGCAAUCAAAUGGCCUUAAGAGCAGUUUUGUAAUAAUGUUCCGCCCUGUGAAUCCUGCUGGAUUAUGAUCGCCAGAAUAAGAUAUGAGCAGGUACUUGUGGACUAAAAAACUGGUCAGUUUUUCCACUCUUCUUUCUGCACUGGCUGUUUCAUCUUGGAUUUGUCCUCCUUGUGGACAAUAAAUGCUGCUGCCCCUUUUAUACCCUUGUGUGACGCAGAGAAGCUCAAGCAAGAGCAAGGGAUAGAGAUGAACUUGGUAAGAACAAGAUGUGAUGUUUGACAGAAUAUGCCUGUCAUGCAUUCACCACUUCACCCUGAAUCAAAAAGAUCGGCAAAGGUUCAGUACAGCUAAAAGUUAGAUGCUAAGUCUGUACCAUGCCUGCAGGGGUAUGAAGACACACCAUUUUGGGAUUUGCAAUGGCAAGGUUGGCAAUAGCCAGCUUGGCCACCCAUCUCCAUUUCUCCCUCCAGUCUGCAGGUGAAUAUUGUUUAUGAUUUCCACUGGCCAGUGCUGGGAGUGGCAGAAGAUGGAGGAUGUCUGCCCAAGCCUUAGCAGUUCCAAAUUGAAAGAGUGUUACCCAGGGUACAACACCAUCUUCACCAUCACUCUAAUUGUGUCUGAGAAUGAGCACACAAAUCAAGUAGAAUCUGUACUGUUGCCAGGCAAAGAAUCUCGAGCAAUGGGAGAUAAAGGGAGAGAUGAAGUAGUGACAGGUGACAAUACUGUGAUGAAAGAAAUACUUUCAGACCCGGCCGGCUGUAGAGAAUGUCUCUGAUUUCUGUGUUUUACCUGAUAAAGUUAAAGGCAAGUUAGCUGAAUCUCUUCUCAAAUAAUGAAAGAAUAAACAAACAAAAAAAAAAGUGUCUCAAUUACUUUCUUCUUUCAUAAUAUGGUGUAAGAUAGGGAUAAGGUUACUUGUAUUUUACUUGCAUUCAGAGUGGUAUUGUGGUUUGAAAAAAGGGUAAUGGGGACAAAAGGAAGAAGGAGAGUCUUUUCUCUAGUUUCAUUUCACCUAAAACAAUACCGUGAACACCCUUAACAGACCUACAAUGAAUCCCAGAUCUUCCACCUCCAAUCAUGAUGACCUUAGAUUUACGUAUCUUUGUGAUAUGCUAAAGAUGUAAGGAAUUUGGAUGAUUGAAUAUAAAUUAGAAAAUAUGAAAAAAAUAGAGGGUGUCAUUUUAGAAGCUGUUUCAGUUAAAUCACAUCUAUACCAUUAUCUGAGUUAGAACUUCAGUUCUGUUUCUUACCUAAUAUUUUUAAAAGGGAGAGCAAUGGUUGGAGUUUUGCAAGACCGGCAAAUGCAAAGGAAAUUCAAAGUACUGUCUGCAGUGUGCUAGCUUGCACUGAUACAUUGGACAGAAAAAAAAGGAGCACAUACAGAAGGUGACUAUCCAUUUCCUCACACUUUGAAAUCCUUGGAAAACAGUAAUUAUAGUUUAAUUUCUAAAGAUAUCUUUUAGGGAUGAGGCUGAGAGUAGGAUAAGAAAGUUAGUAGCGAUGAUGGGUCUGACCUUUGGAGAUGGAAUCUGAAUUACCAUAGUGUAAGUUUAAAAGCCAGUUUAUGCCAUUUUGUAACUGAGGCUAUCAGUAAAGUUCAGGUACUGUUUAAUUUGCUAAGCCACCACUGCUUCCAGGAAAUGUUUGCAUUCUUUGUAAAAAUGUGUGGACUUUAUUCUGCUAAGAACUGGAAUGUGGUUUUUAAUGCUUUCUAUUUUGCCAAACACCAAGUAAUCCACAAAGUAGUUAUUGUAGCGCUUUCUAAUCCACAAUGGAUAAAUCCUGACCUUGUUGAUAUGUGUUUCUUGCGUGCUGUUUUUCCCAUGUGCAACUCUGGAAAUGGAAUGUGGACUGUGAAAUGGAAAUUCCAGAUUCAAACGACCCCUUAGGUCAUGUGGACGGACUUGAGAGACCAAUUCCAACACCUAAAGGUUAUUUCCUGACCUUCUUGGAACCAGUAAACAAUAUCACUGUAGUCCAGGGGCAAACAGCAAUCCUCCACUGCAAGGUAGCAGGAAAUCCAUCUCCAAAUGUCAGAUGGCUAAAAAAUGACGCUCCCGUGGUUCAGGAGCCAAGACGGAUCAUCAUCAGAAAAACAGAUUAUGGAUCACGUUUAAGAAUCCAGGAUCUGGAUACCACAGACACAGGAUACUACCAGUGCGUGGCUUCAAAUGGGAUGAAGACAAUAACUGCAACAGGAGUUUUGUUUGUCAGGCUUGGUCCAACAAACAGCCCAAAUCACAAUCUUCAAGAAGAUUACCAUGAAGAUGGGUUCUGUCAGCCAUAUAGGGGAAUUGCGUGUGCACGAAUCAUUGGAAACAGAACCAUUUAUGUGGACUCCCUCCAGAUGCAAGGGGAAAUUGAAAACCGAAUUACUGCUGCGUUUACAAUGAUUGGCACUUCAACACAUUUGUCUGACCAGUGCUCGCAGUUCGCUAUACCUUCCUUCUGCCACUUUGUGUUUCCCCUGUGUGAUGAGCGUUCUCGGACCCCUAAGCCACGGGAGCUGUGCCGGGAUGAAUGUGAAGUUCUGGAGAAUGAUCUCUGUAGGCAGGAGUACAACAUUGCUAGAUCAAACCCCCUCAUCUUAAUGCAGCUACAGUUGCCUAAAUGUGAGGACCUCCCGCGACCAGACACCUUGGAAGCCGCCAACUGCAUAAGAAUUGGGAUCCCUGUGGAGAGACUGAGCCGAUAUCAUCAGUGCUACAACGGCUCUGGAGCUGACUACAGAGGGACCGUCAGUGUUACCAAGUCAGGCCACACUUGCCAGUUCUGGGACUCACAGAGUCCCCACAACCAUGAUCUGACAAGCACACAGUUCCCAGAGCUAGGUGGAGGACAUGCAUAUUGUCGAAAUCCUGGAGGUCAAAUGGAUGGUCCCUGGUGUUUUACAAAGAAUAAAAACGUACGCAUGGAACUGUGUGACAUACCUUCUUGUAGUCCACGUGACAACAGCAAAAUGGGAAUCCUAUACAUCCUUGUUCCCAGCAUAGCCAUCCCUCUGGUGAUAGCCUGCCUUUUCUUCCUGGUCUGCAUGUGCAGGAACAAGCAGAAGGCAUCUGCUGCUACACCACAGCGCCGCCAGCUGAUGGCUUCUCCUAGCCAAGACAUGGAAAUGCCACUCAUUAAUCAACACAAACAGGCUAAGCUUAAAGAAAUUAAUCUGUCCACUGUGAGAUUUAUGGAGGAACUAGGAGAGGAGAGGUUUGGAAAAGUCUACAAGGGCCAUCUCUUUGGUACAGCACCAGGUGAACAAACACAAGCCGUUGCCAUUAAGACCCUAAAAGACAAAGCAGAACUGGCUCUUCGGGAAGAAUUUAAACAUGAGGCAAUGAUGAGAUCACGAUUACAGCACCCAAACAUAGUUUGUUUGCUGGGAAUAGUGACAAAGGAACAACCUGUAAGUAUGAUAUUUAGUUAUUGUUCCCACAGUGAUCUCCAUGAGUUCCUGGUGAUGAGAUCUCCCCACUCAGAUGUUGGGAGCACUGAUGAUGACAAGACAGUAAAAUCCACUCUGGAACCAGCAGACUUUUUUCACAUUGUGACUCAGAUAGCUGCAGGAAUGGAAUAUCUUUCUAGCCACCAUGUUGUCCACAAGGACUUGGCCACUAGAAAUAUACUGGUGUUCGAUAAACUGAAUGUGAAAAUAUCUGAUUUGGGCCUUUUCAGGGAAGUUUAUGCUGCUGAUUACUACAAACUGAUGGGAAAUUCCCUUCUUCCUAUCCGGUGGAUGUCCCCUGAGGCUAUUAUGUAUGGCAAGUUUUCUAUUGAUUCGGAUAUAUGGUCAUACGGAGUUGUGUUGUGGGAAGUUUUUAGCUAUGGCCUGCAGCCUUACUGUGGUUAUUCCAACCAGGAUGUCAUUGACAUGAUCAGGAACCGACAAGUUUUGCCAUGUCCCGAUGACUGCCCCACAUGGAUAUACACUUUGAUGUUGGAGUGUUGGAAUGAAUUUCCCAACAGAAGACCAAGAUUUAAAGAUAUACAUAACAGACUAAGAACAUGGGGGAACCUUUCUAAUUACAACAGCUCAGCGCAAACUUCUGGGGCAAGCAACACCACACAGACAAGUUCUCUCAGCACAAGCCCUGUUAGCAAUGUCAGCAAUGCUAGAUACAUUGGACCAAAGCAGAAAACUCCAGCCUUCCCUCAACCUCAGUUCAUACAAAUGAAAGGCCAGAUGAGACCAAUAGUCCCGCCUCCUCAGCUCUACAUUCCAGUCAACGGUUACCAGCCAAUGCCUGCCUAUGGUGCUUACUUGCCAAAUUUUUAUCCCGUCCAAAUUCCAAUGCAAAUGGCUCCUCAGCAAAUACCUCCCCAGAUCAUUCCCAAACCAGGCUCCCACCACAGCGGGAGUGGAUCUACCAGCACAGGCUAUGUAACAACAGCACCUUCCAAUGCGUCGGUGGCCGACAGGGCUGCUCUGCUGUCAGAGGGCACGGAUGACACGCACAACGGAGUGGAAGACAUUGCCCAGAACCCUGUCCAGGAGGAGGAGGAGGAAGAGGGCUCUGUGCCUGAAACAGAAUUGCUGGGUGAUAAUGACACACUUCAGAUGGAUGAAGCAGAAAUUCAAUCAGAAGCCUAAGGAAUUUGGCCUCAUUGCUAAGAAUUCCACGUCGCUUCCAUGCAUGGAGACAGUAGAUCCUUAGGUUUAAUAGAGUGAUUUUGAUCUGACUCAAAGAAACAAAACUAAAAAAAAAAGCAACAUCCAUUUAAAAGUGCAGCAGUAAUGACAUACCAGGUCUAAUUACCAUUGCCACCAGCAGAUUUUUCAAAUACGGUAGUGUAGACUUGCUGGGUUUAAUCUUUUUUACUGUUCUACAGUUCUUGAGAGAAGCUGCUUUUUAAAUAUGUACUGUUGCUGUGCAACAUGUUGCAGAGUAGCAUUGCACAUCAUGUAUAUCAUGAUAUAUGAGUGUAAUGUUAGUGAAUUAUGCCUAAGCCAAUAACACAAAAAGGAAUCCAGCUAUGGUUGCAGAAUUGCUCUAAGCAUAAAGAAGUGCCCUGGAUAUGAUGGACAGCUUAGUUUGUAGUAUUUAUCUCUUCGAUGUAAUGGACACAAGAUUGUUGUUUGCUUUUUGAGUCUGAAGAUCUAAGUUGAGAAUAAUGAUCUGUGUUUGUAUUACAAUAAGGAGAAAAGGGGGAAACUGAACAUAAAAUUGCCUCUGCUGAGUAAGACCAUGGGUCUGUCCAGCCCAGUAGCAUGUCUUGAAAGACCAUCGAUAAUCCCUGCCAAGGGAUAGACUGCAAGGGCAAUUUCCCUUGCAGAAAUUUCCCAGGGUAUUGCGCCAACCUCCAGCAAUUUGUGGCUUAGGGCCUUCCCAAGACAGAAGUGGAAUUUUUUCCUGUUAAAUAGCCUUUGAUGGAAUUUUCUACCAUGAAUUUAUCCAAAUGAUUUUGAACUCACAUAGAGCUAGAGUAUCCACAACCGCUUGUGGAGUAACAUGAGAGGAGAAAGGAUGGUUUCUUUCAUCAGUUUGGGUGAAUGACUGACAGAAGCUUCCAAAUGAGAUCAUCUGACUGCAUUUGUGGAUGAAAGUAUUCCUUCUCUGCUGUGUCUUUUCAACAGCAAACAGCCUUAAUACACUGUUAACCAAAAAUGGGGAUAUUGUAGGGGAUAUUAUAGGUGUGCACUAACUUAAUAAAUCCAACUUUAAUUGGUUAUCAAGUAUAGAAAAGGGCUCCACAUGUUCCUACAUUGUAAAAGUGUUGGGUUUUGUGCGGGGUUACAGACUUACUUGAUUUACCACAGUUACUGCUGGAUUGCAUAUGAUACCAUGGUUUUUUUCCCGACUUUUUAGUGAAAAUGAUUUUUGAACUUUAGAAGACCAAAAUAAGCAAUAAUGUACAAGGUGCUGGUUUUGUGCUUCUGUUUGCAGGAUGAAUCAUGUACAGACCUUUAAAUGUAAUUUAUGUUUUACUACAUUUUAUAUACAUUUUUUCAUUGUAAUAUUUGGAUUUUUUAAUGAGUGACUUUUUAACUUUAACAUUUACAAUAUUCACAUGUGGUGCAGUUUUAUGGUAUUGCUGUUCCAUUUUGUUAAACAUGCAGACAGGUCCAUACAUUUCAUGACCCCUUUUCGUAAUACAAGCAGUACACAUUCUCAUUGUAGCCUUGUAGCCAACACACACUAUAGCUCUAAGUUCUACAUCCAACAUGGGGUAUUCAAUAAAGUGAUACAAAAGGUAUGAUGAAGUAUGUUAUCCUACAGGCACUGGUUUUGUUAUGGUACUUUGUGGAAAUAGAAAUGGCCUCAAUUGCUUAAGUUACAGUUAAACUACAAGUUUUUAUUUUAUUACGUUGGGAUUCACUUGUAAGUCAUGUAUCAUUGUGAUCUACACGUUGUGUUCAAGGUAUGGCAGCCUUACUUAUUUCUGGCAUUUCACCUGGAGUUGGAAAUGCACUGGUAGGAAAAAAUAUGAAAGCUUUAUUACUUUUGUUAAUAUAAUGCAGCUUUGGGUGCUUUUACUAAAUAAAAGAUAAAUAAAAAAGAAAAAAGGUGACAUAAUUUAUUUACGUGACGUUCUUUGUUUUUUUCUAGGUUUCCUUAUCUCAGAUAAUUGAACUUGAUUAAUCAACUACACUGUCUUUCUUUGUUCCUUUGCUAACUUACUUCAGAGUAAGUGGAGAGCAAAGGGUUCAGUUAUACCACAGAUUUGUCAGUGAGAGAAAAGAUAAGUAAGCAGAUUAAUGGCAGUCAGUGGAAGCUUCUGUACAGUGCUCUCUGAAGUUCAGCCUAUUUCUAGUAGUCAGAGAGCAUUAUGACUUUGUGUGUUUUCAAUACGGUUUGGGAAACUCCUAAUUCUCUUCUUUAAGCCUCAUAAAUUCACUACAGACAGGAAAAAAGGUCAGAUUUCUAUACUGAUUUUCCCAUCCCCACUUAAUGUGGACGUGCUCUCAAAGAGAUGGUUGAGGAGCAAUACAUAAUUUUCUAGGCCAGCCUCCACAGUACUGGAGAGGGGUAUUCCCCCUCUGUUGAUGUGGGUGGGCUCAUCUGAGCUGCCAAGAUUGGAGCCAUGAUGACAUGCAAACACUUUCUAUGCACUUCAGGUGAGCACCUCUGCACAAGUGCCACCACCAGCGUGUUAGUGGCUACUCCUAAGUCAUAUGGAUUGGCCGUAAGCUCUUGUUCUGCCACUUCCCAGAGUAGUCUAACCUGUGAUAUCUGCUGCACAGUCUCAGCCAGUGUCAGAGUCUGUCUUUCCUCCCCGAGACUUGGAAGCAAGGCCAAGGGAGAUCACGGAAGGGAUGAGGACGUAAGUGGAUGGGACAAGAUGGUAAUGUGGCGAUAAGUGCGGGAACAGUUGGGGUUGGGUCCAUACAAAACCAGCACAAUACUGCUCACUUGGGCUUGCAAAGGUACUUCUUCCUGGCAGGUCUAGCAAAGCUGGAGUUUUUCUUGAGGGCAGAACAGCUUUUCUAGCAGCAAAUACAUGUCUGGAGGAUGGGUAAAGGGCAGGGUGUUUUUGAGAAGACUGUGAGGUUGCUUCAAAAGUUUUCUCGUGCUUCUAGUACCCUAAUCUGUCUAUAUGAUUUUCAUAAGACUGGGUCUGACAUUAGAAAAAGUGGAUUGGGCAUUGAUACUGUGCACAGCAAUCCACUGGUGAGGCAGGAAGGUCCUGUUUGGAAAAGCAUAUAAGGCAGAUGGAGAAUGGAUUUGCAAUCUCAGGGCAGGAAAACUGAGUGAUGGUUCCUAGUCUGAGUGGGGAAACUGACCAUAGAUGUGUCACUAUCUCCAGUUUGACUUCUGUUGUGAUAUUGUCCAAGAUCUACAUUUUUUCAGGAUCUUUUCUUCUGUUCUACCCAUUGAGACCAUAGGGAAGACAAAGCCAUAAAGAGUGCAGUAUAGGCAGCUGUAUAAAAACUGAGUGUUCACCCACAAUGCUAACUACAAACAGACAUUAUUACAAACUUUGAUAGGCAGGUUAAUUCCUUCAUCUAAAAGGCAAUACUCUUAGUUUCAUCUAGUGAUUUUCCUAGAGACUCAUCCAGAGGAUCAAGCUCCCUGCUGAGAUACAAAUCCUUUGCUUUUGUAUCUGCCAUGGCUGUGAACAUCACAAUGAGUCAUAGGGAAUUUUCUUCAUGGUAAUAGUACCUCAGACUUUUAUUAAAGAGAUGAAUUUGUUUCUUUUUCUCACUUACUAUCUAAGGAAUUCAUCAGGUGUCACUAGUUUUGUGUUCAGAGGAAUCCUUUCACUUCACCUAUGUGGGAGUACAGGGAAAAGGUCUGACACUUUCUGGAAAAGAGCUCAGGAAUAUUUGCUGAGUUGGAGAAUCUCAAAAGAUGUCAGACCUUGAGGUGUUUGACAGAACAGAUGUAAGGAGAGAAACAUCCAGCUGCAUGGAGAGUAGUAUCUUCAAAUAAACCCUAAGUCAUAGUUUCACCAUGGAUAGAAAGUAAUUCUGUUUCUAGACAGGCAAAUGCUACUGCAAACUGUACUCCGAAACAGCAUUUCAGUUACCCAAAAUAUGAAGAAAAAAUCAACUGGCAAAAUCAUCCUCUUUUUGAGGAAAGGGACUAAAUUCAUAUUGGACAGCAAUGUAUGUUCCUGUUCUGUGAAAAAAUCUAUAAGUAUUGGUGGAAUCCCUGACUAUAAUAAAAUUUUGGGGAUCUUCUCAAACAAUGGAAAACUGAAUAGUAAUAUACAAAUAGUAGUAGCAUGUGACACAAACAAUGGCAUGGCUCAGUGUAUGAGUUUUAGUUCCACCUUACCAGAAAACUGAAUUUUGUUUCUAGUUUUUCAAAAGGGACCUUGUAUAGUUUUUGUUUUGCACAGCUUCCAGAUAUGACAAGUUUGGUCUCCUUCAAUCACCAAUAUGAAUUCUAAACCAUCUAAGGACUGUUAAGAAAUACUAAAUGUGUUCACUUGGCAAGAUAAACCAAGUCUGUAUUAUCUGGGUCAGUCAGAUCUUUCUCUAGACCAAAAUGUACUGUGUCUACUGUGAUAAAACAUAGAAAAAUUGGUUCAGCAGGAUUUCCUUUCCAGAAAAAUGCUGUAAAAACCUUUUGCAUCUACUGUUCCUGGCUUGUGUUAUGAUUGAUGUUGUAAAGUUGUAGUGUCUGGACUCUUAACAAUUUCUCCUUCUUAAACCCCCACACAGUGAGGGUUCCUAAUACUGGGUUGCCACUGCAGAAGCCUGGGCCGCCUGGCUUGCUUUGUGACCUCAAGUAAAAGGCAACCCCUGCAAGUGUUUGUGUGCAGUGCACAGAUGCCCAAUUUUGCAAGAAGAAAUAUCUGGGAUAUAAGGCCACAUCUCUGUGUCUGGCAUCAAAUAAAAUGAGCAAACACAUUUGCACAUGAUAUGCUGUCAUCCCAGGGCUGUGUGAGAUCUUGUGCAGCUCUGAAUCCAAAUCCAGUUUCUCCUGGUGUAUACUGGGCACUGCCUCCACUCAGUCACACUCCUUGCGGCUGUGGAAAGAGCAGACUCCCAGGACAAACUCUAGUGAGGAAUCCCAUAGCAGCACCUAUGGAGCGCUACCUCCACGUAGAACUGCUGAGAGGGUUUUCACUGUCACUGUGUCCCUCUUGUCCUAUCCAGGCUCCAUUUUUGAUUAAAAUUUUAAAAAUAUGGUUCUAAAUCUUAGCUGAAUACCUCAAGAUUGCACAAGCAGGGGGAAGUAAUGUAACAGAGGUUAUGGCAGGAGCUGGAAAUAGUAUGGGGUUCUGAGGGCUGUAAAUCUCCAGGAGAGUCGGAAUUUAAAAUAAUAAAAUACUGAGGGAACGCAGAAUCCUAUGUAGCUACUUCUCAUUUCUAUUGAUCUAAAAGAGGAACUUUACUUUAUCUUGAUUACAGUGUACCUGAUGGUUUAACUGUCCUUUUUAAAACCUCUGUCUAAAACUGAAAUAAUCCAGUUCAGUAGGUUGCUAACUUUAAAAGCGUGGAAUUAGAGGAGGGAAUUUAAAUUAAAAUUACUACAUUCAUUUAAUUGAAUGCUGAUUCCAUACACCAAGAAUGGAGAAUUACAGAAAUUGUUUUUGUUGCUGCAUAUUUUAUAUCUGUUACUGAAGAAUAAUUUUUUUGUCUGAAUCAUCCUCCACAUAGACUUCUUGCGUAUUUCUUUUCAAACUAAUAAACUACUCACUGGAGAUGUUUGGAGCUGUUGUAGUUUUGAUUCAUAACAAUCAGUUUUUAAAAUCUUGUCAAGAAGUUUAGUUCUUAGUCUGCUUUAGAAGUAGCUAUUUUAUAUCCAACAUCACUAUGAAGCAAAAGAAAUUCCUUCCAGAAUGACAAAAUAAUUAACAGACAGGGUGGUGGAUAGGAAAACAGCAAACUAAAGAAGUGAAUUUCUAAGUAACUUAAAACCAGAAACAUUUAAGGUACAAUAAUUUAAUUAAGAUAUAAUAUUACUUCAGCUGAGGCUGAUUAGUCUCAAAUGUAGUCUGAGGCUUUACAGUUAUGAUAAAGAUCAUCAACUUGCUCUGUUGUUAAUCCUAUGGAUACAUUUUCAUAACUUGAUGUGGUUUUCCAUUUAAUUACUUUCAUAUCAGAUUUAAAUAUUUUUAUGAGAAUUAAGCUGAGGUGGUGGGAGAAAUGUCUUGCAAAAUGCUAGAAGCCAUGGGCUUUUCAUCCCGAGGAAGGGAUUCUGUGCUCCAUUUUUGUUCCAUCAUCUUGUGUCCACACCAAAUGCCUGUCUUCUCAGUGAAUCCUUAUCUUCCCACCUCAGCUGAUAAUUUCACCACAAAUUACUGAGGAAACCUUUCAAAUUAUUUACUGCUAACAUUGAGAGCACUGGGAAUAAAAAAUUAAUUUCUUUAUGAAGGGAAGGUAUGGGUGUGAAGAUAUUUGUUUAUUUAUGAAGGGAAGCAUAUAUCUUUGCUUCUUCUGUUCCUUAUGCCUUUAUUAUAUCCCUCUCCCUUGUCCUCUCAUAGAUAUUUCUCAGAGGAGCACUAUUCAAUAUUACAUCUCCUCUACUUGGAAAUACUGUUUUCUUAAGGCAGACUAAAAGACAAAAUUCAUAUAUUUAUAAAUAGAUAUGCUUAUGAAUGGACUCAGUCCUGACAUUUUGAAAAGCCAGUGGAGUAAGAAUUUUGUUGUUCACUAACUUGCAGACUCAAACAUUCCUAAUUCAA